AUGAACGCUUCCAAAAUGUCUUACCUCUCACGCCUAAGUCCUAUCCCGGCCUUCCCUGAAUAUACAGGCCCCUACAAAGUCGGUACCGUCGACGUUGAAAUCCCCGUUUCCGAACUCAAAUCACCCAGCGUUGCCCCCGAGGGUUCCGACAAGAUCCAUACCGUUCAGUAUCGCAUGUUCUACCCAGCUGUCCCCGAAUCAAACGAGAAGCGCAUUAGCUGGUUGCCGAACCCUCAGAGACAGCAUUUGGUCGCCUAUACCAAGUUCCUGGGCAUUGGGCCUAUGCUGGCUGAGUUUCUCUCCUUUCUUCCGCGACAUCUUCACUAUACUACGAUUCCUGCCCAUAAGAAUGCGACGCUCCUUGAAUCGGAUACCGAGAAUAAGCGAUGGCCUACAAUGAUCUUUUCCCAUGGUCUUGGAGGAUGCCGAAACUCGUACUCUUACAUCGCGGGCUCUCUUGCGUCUCAUGGUAUUGUCGUCAUCUGCCCUGAGCACCGCGAGGGCAGUGCCGUUGCCAGUUUCAUCCGCGUGCCCGAGAACCAGAACGGAACAAUCACAUCCACCAGCCGAAUUCAGGUCCCUUACGAGAAGAUUUCACAUGAUGUCAGUCCCGAAGUAUACGAAGCCCGUGAAGCUCAACUUCGAAUUCGAUGCUGGGAGCUUGGUCUUAUUCAUCAGGCCAUGCUGGGUGUUGACCGCGGUGACACAUUAACCAACUUGAACCGUUCUACGCCUAGUCUUGACCCAUUUGUUGGUCGAUGCAGCAUCCAUGAGCCUGGUAGCAUUAUCUUUGCUGGACACAGUUUUGGAGCUGCUACUGUUACGCAGUUCCUCAAGAGCACAUACUAUGCCGGUGUUCCCGAAGUCGCUGCUAUGGAGAAGCCCAUCUUUGCUCCUACUGAGGGCAGCGAGAUUCGAGAGCAGAUCACUGAGAAGACGCUUACUAUGCUACUCGACAUGUGGUGCAUGCCCUUGAUGGCUCCCAACUCAAAGCCUCUAUUCGAGCUGCCUCUCCCUGUCUAUGCCGAUAAGGCCACUGCCCCUGGUGGAAAGGCUAUCUUGGCUGUUGAAUCGGAGCACUUCUUCAAAUGGAGAGAUCAUCUCAACCUCAAGGCUCGCAUCCUGAGUCCCGAUCCUACUGUCAAGGUUGUAGAGCCUCAACUCUUCGAGCGACCCAGCGGAAUCAAGAUGUCGGAGCCAAACUUCUUCUACGUCAUCAACUCUGCCCAUCUGAACCAGUCUGACUUUGGAAUUUUGUUUCCCUGGUUGACUCAGAAGAUCUUCAAAGCAGAGCAGCCCGAGCGAGCACUUCGUCUCAACCUCCGCGCCCAACUCCAAAUGCUUCGCCAGAACGGUGUGCCGGUCGGCCGUACAUUUGUCAGCGAUCUAGUCGAUGGAACAUCCUUCGACAAGCUGGAGAAGUUCAACGAAGAAAAGGGCGAUGAUUGCAAGGAUGGCAUCAACGAUGAUCAAGCCAUCUUCGACACAAGCGGCAACAACCCCGUCGAUUUCUGGCGAUGGAUCGACAUCAUUGGCCUUGGCGACUCUGGAGACAAGAAGACCACCGAGAAGAAGGUCGAAGAGGGUGAAGAGGAGAUGAAGGGCGAACUUGAUCCCAGCGAUGAAGUUCCCGGCGCACCACCUACCAUCACCGGCGCCGUGAGCGCCACCGCAGCAUGA